AUGCCCGAGUCUCCACAUUUUCUGCUGAGUAAAGGAAAAUUCAAGGAAGCUGAGAGUAGUUUAGCGUGGCUUCGCCGUUCCAGCAAUGUGACCAAGGAACUCGAAGCGAUGAAAGAAUUUGUGCAACGUUCCAAACAUGAAAGCGGUUCAUUCUGGCGAAUGUUCGCUCCUGCUUAUCGCAAAAAUAUACGCAUCGUGUGGAUUCUACUGUUUGGCAUGAGCUUUACUGGUGUGUUCAUGAUCAUGGCAUAUGCUCAAACGAUCUUCAUACAAAUAUCAAGUGACAUUAAGCCCUCAGCGAUGUCGCUGAUCUUCGGAAUCAUCCAAACAUUGUCUUCAGCACUCGCAGCAUUGACCAUCGAUCGAGUGGGACGGCGACCACUGUUGCUCUUUUCGACAGGCGGAACCACGCUGGGACUUUUGGUUAUAUGUGUGUAUUUUACAAUUUCCACCGAAAACGAUGCACCAUUCUUGGGCUGGAUGGCAUUCAUCGCAAUGUUGUUGGUUGUGGUAUCCUUCGGUAUGGGUUUGCUCGUUAUUCCUCCCAUUUAUGAUGCUGAAGUACUUCCGAUACCAAUUCGAGCAUAUACCAACGCUACCAGUACCAGUAUCUUUGGUUUGGCAUAUUUCAUGAAUAUGAAACUGUUUCAAAUCUUAACGGACAACGUUGGUGCUUACGUUCCUUUCGCGGGAUACACCGUAGCUGGGUUGAUUACAGGUGUAUUGAUCUACAUUUACGUGCCAGAGACGAAGGGAAGGUCUUUGGAAGAAAUUGAGCACAUGAUUGCAAAGGGGCAGGUGAAGACGGUGAAACGUGCGAGUGUUGUGGAACUGUUCAAUGGUUGA